AUGCGCGAGGAUCGCGCACGAAAGCGCAGAAACAGUGACUGCGACCCAGCGUCGAUGUCUCUAUCUGUCGUAGCACCUCCAACGUACACACUGUCACAGGUGAUUUGCUUCAGCUCUUUUUUAUUUUUAUCGUGA